AGACGUUUCGGCGUAUAAAGUGUGCUAGAUGCUUGUCGAGUUAGAUUAGUUUUGCUUUAAAUUGAAAACGCGCAAGAUGAUGUUCUAUCACAGAAUUUCUAAACUUUGAUAUCUAUAAAUUCGGAUGUGGUUUAUUACGAAUUCACAGUUGUCUGGCCACGAGGUCGUCGGGUGUCGUCCUAUCCAAGCCAACUCGCUUAGUAUAAAUAGUCGACAAUAAAAGGAAAAUUGGCACAUUCAAUUGUUUCUGUAAUGCCCGCGUCUUUUCUGAACCAUUAGACAUGCCCAACAGCACAAUAUUCAGAGGAUUUCUAACUAUCAACAAGUAACAGCGUCCACAGAGACCGUCCGCACUCUAACCUAAAAGCACGUGUACUCAAACGGAGAGCGUGGAAGUGAGAGAGAAAGUGAAGAGUACGGUGGAAGUACAGCAAGGAUUCACACUCACUUGGACACAUUUGACGUGAACAGCUGUUGCUGUUGCGCCCUUUAAGCAUGGCAACUACAGCCGACCAAGUGAUGGCACCUGCCCUAGUCCCGACCACCAAUAGGCAGCAAUCGAAGCUGAAUGUCGGACCUAUGUUGCAACAGAACUGCACGACCUUAAGCUCAGAAUCCAAUCCAAAAAAGAAAAAGGAGCAGAAACAGCAUCAGUUGGAGAGCAUCGUAAAAUCACCUUCUGGCAAGCUAAAUGAAAUGCCCAAUCUAAAAACAAAACCUCGGGUCUAUAAAAUUGUCCUAACUGGCGGUCCAUGCGGUGGAAAAACAACUGGCCAGAGUCGUCUAUGCACGUUCUUUGAGAAUCUGGGAUGGAAGGUAUUCCGCGUGCCUGAAACGGCGACAGUUCUACUCAGCGGAGGCGUCAAAUUCUCAGAUUUAACCGCGGAAGAGGACCCGCUCACGCCAAGCACCUUCGUUCACAAAGAGCUGCCUUUUGCUGCACCGGAGCACAGCAUGAUCGAUUUGACUGCAUCCUGUCCACGUUGCCUGGCCAAGGCUGCCUCCAAACCCUAUGUCAACGAAGCUAAAAAGUUUCAGGAGAACUUGAUCCGCACUAUGGUGCAAAUUGAGAAUACCUUUUUUGAGCUGGGUAAUUCGAGCACACGCGACUGUUUGAUCAUCUGCGAUCGUGGCGUAAUGGAUGCCAGUGCAUAUAUACCCAAGGAAAAGUGGGAGGAAAUGAUGGCAAUCAAUAAAUGGAAUCCCGUUGAGAUGCGCGACAAUCGCUACAAUCAAAUCUUGCAUCUGGUCUCAGCUGCCAAUGGCGCUGAGGACUUCUACUCCACAGAGAAAAGAAAGCGCAUUUACCAGGAUCAUGCCUGUCGCUCUGAGGGCGUUGAGCUGGCCCGUGAGCUGGACUACAAGUCGGCGGCUGCCUGGGUGGGCCAUCCCUAUUUCGAUGUGAUAGAUAAUUCCACCAAUUUUGAGACGAAAAUGAAUCGCAUGAUUGAAUCCGUGUGCCAAAAGCUGGGCAUCGAUACGCGCGACCGUUUGCAAGCCACCUCAAGGAAGCUCAAAUUCUUGGUUAAGAAUCUGCCGCCGGCUAGCGAAUUCCCAGCGUUCCAAGACUUCGACGUAGUGCAUCAUUAUCUACUGUCGGGUGGACCCAAAGUACAGGCGCGUCUGCGCAAACGCGGCCAGAAUAAUCACUGGAGCUAUAUACAUACGCAGCGUCGUCCCGAUGUGAAUAACCGUGAGCGCAUUGAGGUCAAGACCCAGCUAACGCAUCGUGACUACACGAAUUUGCUGGCCCAGGAGGAUAAGGCGCACUUUCCCAUCUACAAGACGCGUCGCUGCUUUUUGAUCAACAAUCAAUAUUUCCAACUGGAUAUCUACAAGGAGCCAUGUCAUUCACGCUGCAAAAACUUGAUACUAUUGGAGACGUACUCCUCGUUGUCCGGCGAUGCGCUGCAGAAAUGUAUGCCCACCUUUUUGAAUAUUGUGAAGGAGGUUACCGGCGAUCCGGACUACUCAAUGUUCAAUCUGUCAUUACGAAAGGACUGGAAAACCUGCCGCUCGACGGCGCAUGGUAAGCAGCAGAAGCAACAGCCACAACACCAGUCGCCAAAAUCAUCGCCGGAGAGGCAAGAAUAUCAUCCGUAUGAAGAGAACAGUGACUAAGGCAGAGCUACUUACCAGAACUACUACUACUACUACUACUACCACUAGUACUACUAUUACAACUACUACUACAACAACUACGACGACAGCGAUCAUACACAUUGAAUGCUUUUGCUGUCGUCAUCAAAUCAAAGCAAAAGUCCAAAGAAUUUGUAGUCAACUGCUAGUUGUUUGCCUUUCAUUCAUGUUUUGCUGUACAUACGAUACGCUACAAUUCUUCAAAUACCCAAGCAACCAACCAAUCAUCUUGGCUUGAUGACAACUUUUCUUUAGCCUAAUUAUAUAAAUAUAUAUUUUUUUAAUUUUUUG